AACCAGGCCCCUCCCCUGGGUGUGUGGGGAGUUUUUAAGUGGAGUGUUGGGAAUGUUGUUUUUAGAGAGGCGCAGAAGGCAGGAGAGUGUCUGUGAGAGUCAGUCUAACCCUGUCGUUCAAAACCACCAUUGUUGACUCCAGAAUGGGUGAAGACUCCUCUCACGCCGAGCAAAGCACGGCCACCUUACCCAGGGAGGAAAGCACCCCGACACCCCCAGCUCCAGAUGCUCAGGAUGCUCAGGAUCUCCUCAUUCCCAGCUUCAGUCCCGGCUCGGUGCCCUCUUCCCCCAUCCACACCCUUUCCCGCCUGGGCUCCAAGUCUCCGACCAGCCCCACGGCCCCUGGUGGCCAGAUCAGCGCCAUCACGGUGGUGGCUCUGCUCGACAAGCUGGUGGUGAUGAUCGAGUCGGUGCAGGAGAACCAGCGGAAGAUGGAGAAGAAGCAGGCCGAGCUGGAGGGGGCGGUGAGGAUGGUGCAGGGUGAUGUGACCCGGCUCGCCAAGAACCACAUGUCCACCGCCAACAGCGUGGCCAAGCUGCUGGAGCGCUCGCGCAAGACUGGCCUCAAUGUGAAGGAGGUGAGGGAGCGCCUGGAUAGACAGAGCAGCCAGGUGAAGCAUCUGGAGGCCAACCACGCCCAUCUGCUCAAGAGAAACCACUUUAAAGUGCUCAUCUUUCAGGAGGACAAUGAAAUCCCCUCCACUCUGCUUACUAAAGAUGGCCUGGCCUCCACCUCUCAGGAUGAGAUCGGUCCAUCUGCACCAACUCCGCUCACUGAUUUAAACUGUUCUCAAGAUGAAGGCCUGCAGACCAUCAGCCUCUCUUCCGAUGACGACGAGGAAAAAGGAGCAACGAGUCCUCUGGCAGAGGGUGGUGAUGAUUCGCUAGAUCUGCAUGAAGAGAGCUUCCCAGGCUUGGGAAGCGAACGUGUGGAGCGCUCUCGUGCUGACAAGUUUAAGCGCUCCAGUCUGAAGAAGGUGGAUAGUCUAAAAAAGGCCUUCUCACGAAGCAGCCUAGAGAAGAAGAUCAACAAGAUCGUGCCUCCAGAACAGCGCGAGAAGAUCAAGAAAAGCUUCAUCCCCAACCACCCAAAGAGCUCCUCUUCCAAGAGCUCGUCCUUCCGUGUCUCUCCAAUGACCUUCAACGUCAAGAAGGUUCGAGAUGGAGAUGCUGACUCUUCCCAGCAGCCUGGGAGCUCACCGAGGAACCUCAGCCCAGUGGAAGUUCCCAGCAUUGGGGGACCUGAUGGUGAGCUGCCCCUGGCUGAGUUACACUCCUCAGGUGAGAAAACAAAUGGAGACGAUCUUCGCAGCUCCUCCACCCCGGGCAGCGGGGAUGGAGAGGUGUUCAUCACAGAUGAGGGUGGAGAUCUCGAGAACGGUCCAUCUGCAACUCUGGCUGAAGAAGAAGUCGAUAAAGAAGAUGAUGACACUGAUGGUAAUGAUGAAAACAGGAAGGAGGAAGAGGAGGAGGAGAAAAAUGCGAAACCUGCAGAUGAAGUGUCUGUGUCUCCGCCGUCGACUGCAGCUACUGUUGAACUACCUUCUUAGAUAUAGUUGUGUUUCUACUCCUCUGACUUCAGUCCACUUCUCAGACUUUGGGAAGCGUAGUUACUCCCUUGUGCCACUGGUAUCUUGUUCCCAAGCUUGUUUAAUGUUAGCAUGUCUGCUAAAAUAACAUAUUGCCCUGAAUUAAUCCCUAAUAUAAUGUAACUAUAACCUAUUGUGUUACGUUCAGAAAUUAAGCACGUUCUUGUAGGAGGAAAUUCCAUUUAGAUUCCAUUUCAAAUAGAGUCUGUAUAAAAGCCCCGAGAAUGGUACAGCAGUUCAGACCAGUCACCACAAUGAUACACAGAAAUAGCUAUAUUUUCCUGUGGGAGCCUGUGAAUACCAUGAAAUUAACUGAACUGAAACGCCUGAACUCUCACUCUCUAUCUUUUUUCUUUGUGUGUAGGAGAGGCAUUAUGUACCAAUCUGUCCUUUGUUAUGCAGGAGUCCAGACUCUCUUCUGUCAAUGUACAUAAAAUGUAGUAUUAAAUUGUAUACAAAAAAGUACUAUGGUAUUAUUAUGGUUUUUGGAAACAGAUGCAAAUACCAUGUAGAAACCAUUGUAUAUUAGCAUGGUAAUCAUGAAAUAUAUGUUAACAACACACAGUACUUUUUGUAUGGUAUGAAACAGACAACUACAAAAGACAAGAUGUGUUGACAAAGUUAUGUUUUUUUUACAUUUUUAGAACUUUUAUUAAAAUAUUUAGCAGCACUCCGUCUCAAGGCUUGAAUAAGUAGUUGUCUAUGAGGACUGGUAGCAGUGCUUGGCAUGGUGUGAAGGAAGCGUGUUUACAAAAUUUCUGGGGGAAAGCCAGCACAAUUGACUGCAAUCUCCAUGGCAACCUUGCCCGCUGCCAACAACUCUCCAAUUACUGCUAUAGUGCACGGCAAGGGCACACAUACACAGCCUGAUAAAUA